GCAAAAGAUCAGAUGUAACACAAACAAGGAGCGACGGUUUCACGCUCACCAAGUCACAAUGUAGGACUGAGAACAAAUGUUUUUUCACCCACAUGUUUUUUCAUAAACCCAUGGAACAGCCUACCCGCUGAAGUCGUAAAUGCUAAAACUCUGUUAAAUUUUAAAAUCCAACUGGCAAAUAUCAUCAGGGCAAAUGGGGGAGACCUCUGACAAGCCACCGGCUUUCUGUCCUCGUCGAGACCACUAGUGUUAAUGGCCCUCGGGUAAAUUCAGGUAAAAUUUGCGAGAUUUUGAUACCAUAUUCUUGCAACAUAAUUGUAAAAUAAUAGCUAUAUUCCGUUCUGAGCACAAACAUCUGGUAAUCAUUAUUAGCCUUAAUUAAACACUUUGUGAAUUAAUAUUGGAAAACAUAUUAUUAAUGUAAACGUGAAUGUAAGAGUCCUCCGGUAACCAUAGUAACCAUGACGCCAAAACAGUUGCUUGGAUGUGUCCAGAAGUUUGUCAGGCUUAAAAUAAUACUCCCAGUCCAUAGUAUACAAACUUGAUAAGGAAGUCUUAUUAACGUGGAAACGCAAUAAAAACAGUGUUAUUUGACGAGUGAAAUAUAAUUUUAAGGUAGCUGUGAAGUGAAGUGUUAGCCGCCAUGAGCUGGAGAGAGCGAGGGUUGAGCUCCCUAGACAACACAAUGAGAGAAGAUGACGUGACUGAUGAUGACGAUGAUGAUGAUGAUGGUGAUGAGGAGAACCUCCAGAAUGUCAUGAGUCUCUGUAAGGAGUCUUCGAGCGGCCUCAUGGCGACAGUCUCAUCCCUACGCUCAACGAUCCAGACGUCGAAGCGCACCUCAGCGGAGGAGAGCGGAGGGGAGGAGGGCGUGGGCGUGUGCCGUGGGCGUGAGUGGGGGGAGAUGGACCCACUCACCCUGCAGGUGGUAGGGGAGGCCCUGGCAGAGCAGGAACCCCACCUACCCGCCCUCACCCACACCAACGCCACCACCACCACCGCCCAUGUCAAGACUCUCUCACUCCAGUUUAAGGGCUUGGGGAGUCUGGACUUCCUGUGGAUGUUGACCAACCUCACCCAUCUGGAGGUGAGCAACAACUCCCUAACCCACACUAAAGGACUCGAGAGGCUCUCCAUGUUGACCUGGCUCGACCUCUCCUUCAACCAGGUGAGUGAGGUGGGAGGCUUGGGGAGCCUGCGGCGCCUGGAAGUGCUGGCGCUACACAACAACUGCCUGGAAGGCCUGGAACGAGGUGCCCUCCAGCCGCUGGCUCGUCUACACGUCCUCACUCUCGCUAACAACAGCAUCUCCAGCAUGGAUGACGUGCGGACGCUACGCCAGGUGCGGAGUCUGGCGAGCCUGAGUCUGGCGAACAACCCGCUGUGUGACCACCACUACCCUGCCCGCGUCCUGGCUUACCUCCCUGCUCUCGUCUACCUAGACCACCGUAGACUCUCCCAUCACCAGCACACCCACGCCGCCACCCUCUACAGGUCGGAGGUGGCGGUGGUGGAGGCCGAGGAGGAGAAGGCCAGGAAGCAGGAGGAGCAGGAGGUAGUGACGAGGACUUCACAGGAGCACCACAGGAGGGCAGGCGUCCUCGCCCUCAACGAUGGCUCGCUCUUUGCAAGGAUGUUCAGAGGAGACAAAGAUAUGGGAGUCCUUCUUCACCUUCCAGGCGCCAACUCCCUCAUGACCAAGUACCGGGACCAGUUCAACGCGGUGUGUCUGCGGGUGUUCAACGCGGGUCUGGCUCACGACGACCAGCGCCAGACGGAGCUCAGGCUGCUGCAGGACGCCCUCCACGCUGCCAAGAACAAUGCAGACACUCAUGCCAGAGGGAUGCACACGAGACGAGGGUUACGAAGGCAGUGGCACUCCGGGAACAGUUUGACACCCUGCUGGAUGAUGCCUCACAAGAGCUCCUCACUGCCGAGGUCACACUCGCUGACCAAGUCAAGGUCAGUCAGCACGGUGGAUGAAUAUAACGACAUGAACUGCGGGCUCCGAAUAAAGCUUUGGCACCUACAGUAUUAUGUUCAGUGCAGCACCUCAGAAGCAUGUGGCACCCUCUGGUCUUCGCAUUUUCUGUCAGUACAAGACGUGAUUGACCGCGCCAGAGAGGAGUUGGGGACCUUAGUGGGGAACUUCCUGGAGGCCGCUGCUAUGGACCUGCAGGAGGGACGACGCCUCGCCUACACCUUCUACUGUCGUCUCAGAGAACUUACAGCCAAAGUAGUGGAGGAUGGUGGUGUUGGAAGCAGCAAGGGUGUGGACGAGGAGCGAACAGCCCGAGUGUUUGAGGGAAGUGAUACACUGACAUCAGCUCUAGCUGGCAUCCAUGACCGUCAUCUGGCUCUCAUUGACUCCAGGGAAGUUGACCUCAGGCAUCACUUGCAACACUGGCUUACUCACACACUUCAGGAGAUCUCAAAAGCGGAGUGGGUACGACACAGGAGACGAGUGGAAGAGAUUACCACGCUGACAGCCAGACAGAGGCAGCUCCUCUAUGAUGCUCUGCCGAGCAUUCAUGAAUAGAAGAUUCUGGUUAAAAUUAAAAAAAAAAAAUAAAAAAUCUGGUUAAAAUUUACAUUUAUGAACUCAGAAAUAUACAAAGCGGCCUUUUAAGUUUUACUGUGCAUAGCAUUUUUUGUCUUUUUUUAAGACAGUUAUGUGAUCUUCAAAAUUUUUAGGUGUUUUAUUUUCUAGGUAGGUGGUUUUGUAUUUUCUAUUAUCUCUAUUUGGUAUCCCUGUAUUAUGUCUUUUAUUUUUGCAACUGUGCAUGGCAAUAGUUUGUGUUAGGGUUUUGUAUGGUAUUGGGAAUGUACCAAUGCUUGUAUUGGUGGCAACUUAGUGCUGUAAUUAUACAAUGUAUUCAUAAUUAAAACAUAUGACAGUU